UCGCCGAAGGAUCCACCACCACGGCUGGAGACGACGAGGGCGGGGGUGAGGGUGAAAGGAGCUUCACGAUCACCGGGCACUACAGUCUGUCGAGGUCGGUGGCUAGUCGCUUCAGCAUGGCGAGGUCGGCGGCCGCUGAGAGGAACUUCCCGUCUCCUGGGCGCUUCAGCAUGUCGAGGUCGGUGGCCAGUCGCUUCAGCAUGUCGAGGUACGCGGCCAGUGAGAGGUCUACGGCCACUGAGAGGAAUGCCGCAACUGAGACGGAUGCGGAUAGUCAGAGGACCCAGGUGGAGGCGCUGUUUCACACGCCGCCUUCCGUUCCACGGCAGUUUUCUUAACUGCGUCGAAGGGGAUGCAUCCAGAGGCCCGGGAGGGAAUCGCUGCUUUCAAAAAAAAAUCGGAUCCAGGUUGCCUUUAUUGCGGUUACAGGCAGCAGUGGAUGAGAAGGGAUGGGGAGGGGAUUGUGGGAUACGGGGAGUGAAGAUUGUUUUUCAUGUUUCCGUGUUUCCUUGUUUCCGUUUGUCUAGUGUUUUUCUUUCCGUUCUUUUGUCUGCUAGAUUGCGAAUACAGGCAGCGACAGACAUCUUACAUCUUCAUCUACAGUUACAGUCUCAGUUACAAUUUCAUUUCUUCUUAUUUCCGGCCGUCAGUUAUGUGCUAGUUAACUUGCAUGUUAUACGUGUAACUUUAACUUCGUCUUCCCCACGGUUCACAUAGAUAUUAAACCUCAUCACCACUUCUUCCCCCAUCACUCGCACAGAACUGGUGUCUUUAGCCUUACAUACCGAG